AUGAAGAAAAUUACACUUUUAUUAGCGUACCUUACUGUUGCUUCUGCAUUUCCUCGUCAGGACAGAAUAGUCGGUGGGACAAUCACAAGCAUUCAAACCUACCCCUUUUCAGCCGUUCUCUUAUUCUCAAGAAAUAACAUAUCUUUUCGCCAGAACUGCGGUGGCAGUGUUAUUAACAAUAGAUCUAUGCUCACAGCUGCUCAUUGUUUAAACCAUGGCAACAUUAAUUUGAAUAAUUUCCGUGUGCGCGUUGGAUCAACCAAUGCCAGCAGUGGUGGUAGUGUUCACAAUUCCGCUCUUCGUAUCCUCCAUCCUCAGUACAAUCAAGGAACACUUAAUAAUGAUAUCGCUCUGUUGAGAGUGUCAACAGCCUUCCAAUUAGGAACCACUGUACGGCCUGCAGCAAUUAUUGGGCAAAAUGUAGUUAUUCCUGACAACACACUUAUUUGGGCUACUGGAUGGGGCUGGACUACACCGAGUGGAAACAAUCCAUCAGAGCAAUUACGUCACGUACAAGUUCGGGUAGUGCCGCAACAAAGAUGCCAAAGGGCUUAUACUGGAUUCCCUAUUACUGCAGCCAUGAUAUGCGCUGGCUGGGAUCAACCUGGUCGCGGUUCAUGCCAAGGAGACUCCGGUUCACCAAUUGUCCACAAUAAUGUUGUCAUUGGCGCAACAAGUUUUGGACAGCGUUGUGCUGAUCCAAAUUUCCCUACAGUAUAUGCCCGAGUUGCUCACUUCACCAAUUGGAUCAGAUCUAACGCUUAA